AGAAUGUGGAAAGAGCUUUACUUGAAGCUCCAAUCUCAUUGCCCAUCAAAAAAUGCAUGAAGGGAAGGUCUCCUGAAUUUCAUUCCUUCCACGAAAAGGCCACCAGCAGGUUGCACUCGUGCUUUCCAUCCAGCCUCAGGAGCAGCCCUCGCGUCUCAGCGGCUGCUCGUCUGAAUGGGCGCACGCGUGUUCAUGCUGGGACAGAAAUCCUCGUCUCAGCGCGAGGGAAGACGCGCCUGCACCGAGAUCCGCUCAGCGGAUCGCACGCCGGCUUUUAAUCCUACCCAACCCAGAACCUCUUGCCGUGGAAGGGUUAAGGACACCGAGCGGGAUUCCUAGAGAGGAAAUGAUGGGGGAGGCCGUGUCCUCCAGAGCCCCUCCUCCGCCGGCUCUUUGGCGACGGGCUGCGUCGGUGCUUCCCUUCGGGGAUCCGGACUUGGUAGUACCACCAAUUAGGACAGCCUUUGCCAGAAGAGGAAGGAGUCUCUUGGGCCCUGUCGGAGGCUUCCUUGGAGCACAGAAAGCAAAGAUGAAAGACGCAGCUGGCCCUGAAGCAGGAAGAAGUCUAUAUAUCAUCCAUGCUGGGAGCCCUGGGGAAUUCUGGGAAAGAAGAGCGCAGCAGGUCCUGGUUGAGGAGAACAAUCUCAGCUCAGCUGUGCAGCGCCAGCACUUCAGGCAGCUCUGCUACCAGGAGGCUGAGGGCCCCCGAGAUAUUUACAACCGACUCCGCAAUCUAUGUUGUCAGUGGCUGAAGCCAGAGCACCAUACAAAGAAUGAGAUCUUGGACCUGGUGAUCCUGGAGCAGUUCCUGGCUGUCCUUCCACCGGAGAUGGAGAACUGGGUGAGGGAAUGUGGAGCAGAGACCACUUCCCAGGCGGUGGCCCUGGCCGAAGGUUUCAUUCUGAGCCAGGCAGAGGACAAGAUGCAGGCAGAGCAGCAGGUCAAGGAUCUGUUUGCAGAAGAGACCACUGAUUUCCUGGAGCCACAGGAGGCACUAUCGGACACCAGAGAGUGUUCCCUGCAAAGGGGGAACGUUCAGGAGAGUGGCAGAUGUGCCAGUACACUUGGUGAUGAAAUGAGGCCAGCAAGACCUCCUCAACCGUCUCUUCUUUGUGAUGGAGAGGAAGCAGCUGCUGUGGAAGAGGAUCAGGGUCCCGUAUCCUUUGAGGAGGUGGCUGUGUGUUUCACCGAGGAGGAGUGGGCUUUGCUGGAUCCCCACCAGAGGGCGCUGCACAAGGAAGUCAUGGAGGAGAAUGGUCGGAUUCUCACCUCUCUUGUUCAACAGAGAAUGCACAGGUUUGUUCUGCACCACAAUCCUGUCAAGCAGGCUAGGCUUCAUGAGAGUGAUUCCGGACGUCCACCCACUGAGCUUGAUUUCUGAGCUGGGAGCUGAGCUCUGGGCUCCAGACACCCAAUCAAAUAGUCCAUAGAACACCAGCUGUCUGUUUAGCUGUUAUCAG